UUUUUUUGUUGUUUCGCUCACCAAGCAAGGAGUUUUUGUAUGGAAGUCAAUGAGAGUGUCGAAUUUGGUCGACAAUAAAAUUAAUUGCUUAUUAGCUAAGUGAGAUUUAUUUGACCGAAUAUAAGUUUCGUAGUGCAUUAGCUGUUACUCUUGAACUGAAAUAAGUAGGACACGUGACAACCCAUGCAAUGUUGAAUCGAGAUGGAUAUGCAUAUUCAUGAGAUAAAGCCUCUCACAAUUGGAUACAUGCGGUAACGUCACAACCCUAUUCAAAUAUUAAAAAUAGGAUUACAAUAUGGACAUGUAUCCACCAAUCCAAAGAAAGGAUAGGCGGGAGCUAGACAGCCCGCCGGGCCGCUUUGUGGACAACGAACUCCCAUUGGCGGGACGGAGAUACAUGUAUCUUGUCAGUAUAUCCAUAAUCUUUGUAUCUAUUCAACACACACACGCUUUCCUCUCCUCUCUUCUCUGUUGCUGGGAUCUGAACUAGCUAGUCGAGCUAUCCUCCAAACAGACCGCUAACUACCCAGCAAUGUCAGCUACCUCUCCUCCCACCCCACCGGCUGAUGCUUCGGCGGGGACAGAAUCAUGCUUCCCCCCGGGAUACAAGCCUUUCCGUCCCGAAGAGCAUGGCCUGGACGCCGGCUUCCGCCUGACGGGCUUCUCGGAUAUGAAGGGAUGAGGAUGCAAGGUCCCGCAGGAGACGCUGCUCAAACUCCUGGCGGGACUGGAGCCUCACCGGCCCGGGGAAACCGGGGACCAAGGCACCGAUUUCGGACAACUCACUCCCAACAACACCUCCGCUGGCCCCCGACUAGGUAUAGGCAUGGACUCCUGUGUGGUGCCUCUGCGACAUGGAGGCCUCUCAUUGGUCCAAACUACAGACUUCUUCUACCCUCUGGUGGAGGACCCCUACAUGAUGGGAAGGAUAGCUUGUGCUAAUGUCCUCAGUGAUCUCUAUGCUAUGGGCAUCACAGAGUGUGACAACAUGCUGAUGCUACUCAGUGUCAGCCAGAAGAUGUCAGAGCAGGAUCGUGAGCGUGUGAUGCCUCUGAUGAUCCGUGGUUUCCGUGACGCGGCGGAGGAGGGCGGGACUUCGGUGACAGGCGGCCAGACGGUGGUCAACCCCUGGAUCAUCAUAGGGGGUGUGGCCUCAGUCGUCUGCCAACCCAACGAGUUCAUCAUGCCAGACAGUGCAGUACCGGGGGACGUGUUGGUGCUGACCAAGCCUCUAGGAACCCAGGUAGCUGUCAACGCUCACCAGUGGCUGGACCAGCCAGAGAGGUGGAAUAAGAUCAAGCUAGUGGUCUCUAAGGAGGAAGUGGAGCAGGCCUACCAGGAAGCCAUGUUCUCCAUGGCAACGCUCAACCGCACAGCGGCAGGCCUCAUGCACAGGUUCCAGGCCCACGCUGCAACAGACGUGACUGGGUUUGGGUUGCUAGGGCACGCCCGUAACCUAGCGACGAUGCAACGUGCUGAGGUAGCCUUCGUCAUCCACAACCUCCCCAUCAUUGCCAAGAUGGCCGCCAUCAGCAAGGCCUAUGGAAACAUCUUCAACCUGCUGGGGGGGACGUCCUCGGAGACAUCUGGUGGCCUUCUAGUAAGUCUGCCCAGAGAGCAGGCGGCCCGGUUCUGUGCGGAGGUGAAGGGUCAGGGGUCUGGGGGUGGAGCCUGGAUCAUCGGCAUCGUGGAGAAAGGAGAACGCGGCGCUCGCAUCAUCGACAAACCACGCAUCAUCGAAGUCCAACCGAGAGGGACCGCUGCAGCCAAUCAGGAGAACAGCAGCUCCACUAGUCCAGCUCCUGGCGAUACGCCGUCAUAGACUCUCCCUCUUACGUGUGUUGCUGUCCAUCUCUUUCCCUUGUUUAGCCACAGAGCUACAGGCCAAAACACCGAACAUGGAGAGGGAAUGGACAACACUCCAAAUGGUUCCUCUUUUAAAUUAAAUUAACAUUCCAACAGUUUUCCCUCCAAUCAGUGAAUGGGAAAUAGAUCAAGUUGUGUAUGUGAUUUUAGAGUGUGGGUCAGAACAUUCUUCUGGUGAAACUUUUGUCAUUGUGAGAGUCGUUGGAAAAAUGUUUAUUUAAUGUGUUUCUAUUGGAUAGUUGGCUUGUCUAUAAGGAUGUCUGGCUCUACCCAUUGGUUCAGAGGCAGGGUUGAGCAGCUCUCUCUGGACCAAUGGGGUCGUCCGGUAUGUCCUCUGCCAGCUGACUGGCUGCUCAGCUCAAAGCCCCUCCUACCUGUUUAUGAAGCUCCGCCUUCCAAACCUCAGCCAAUGGGGCCAGGCGGAGUGGAUGUCUGUCUCAGGAAGGGGGUGGGGCUCAUGUGCUGGGUUCCAGCCAUUGGCUAUGUGUUUCUGGAGAAUUCACAAUCAAUAAACCGAUCAUCAACUCAC